AUGAAUAAUAAUUUUGAUCUUCUUAGCAUUGAAAAAAAAUAUCAAAAUUUUUGGGAUAAAAAAAGACGUUUUUUUGUAAAUGAGAAUGAAUCAAUACCCAAAUUUUAUUGCUUAUCUAUGUUUCCUUAUCCGUCUGGUGAAUUACAUAUGGGACAUGUUCGUAAUUAUACUAUUGGUGAUGUUAUAGCACGUUAUUAUAAAUUACAAGGUUUUAAUGUUUUGCAGCCAAUGGGUUGGGAUGGUUUUGGUUUGCCUGCCGAAAAUGCAGCUCGAGCACACAAAAGGUCCCCACAAGAUUGGACAUACCAAAAUAUUACAAAGAUGCGAGUGCAGCUUAAGCGUCUUGGUUUGGCUGUUGAUUGGGGAAGAGAGUUUGCUACAUGUGAUGUAGCAUAUUACCGAUGGGAACAAGUUUUAUUUCGUCGUAUGUAUGAAGCUGGUCUUAUUUAUAGAAAAAAGGGGGUGGUUAAUUGGGAUCCCAUUGAUAAAACAGUUUUAGCAAAUGAGCAAGUGAUUGAUGGGUGCGGUUGGCGCUCUGGUGUAGCGGUUGAGAAAAAAAAUAUUUUUAUGUACUACGCUAAAAUUACACAAUAUGCACCAGAGCUUUUAUCAAGUUUAAAUAAUCUGAGUGAAUGGCCAUCUAAAGUUAAAAUGAUGCAAAAAAAUUGGAUUGGAUAUUCUCAAGGUUUAGAGAUUAAUUUCACUAUCACAGGAACAAAAAAAACACUUUCAAUUUUUACAACAUGUUGUGAAACAUUAAUGGGUGUAACAUUUAUAGCUAUUUCACCAGAACAUCCUGAUGUUAUUUCUCUUGCUAAGAAAGAUAAAAAAUUGUCUGAUUUUUUAGCAAUAUUAGAUCAAGGAGGUGUUGCUGAAUCUAUCAGCAUGACAAAAGAACGUUUGGGAUAUGAUACGGGAAUAACAGUACAGCAUCCGCUCACUCAUGAAUCUUUAUCAGUAUGGGUGGCGAACUAUGUAUUAAUGUCAUAUGCUUCUGGUGUUGUUAUGGGUGUACCAGCCCAUGAUGAGCGAGAUGCUGAGUUUGCAAAGAAGUAUAAUUUGUCAAAACGUAUUGUUAUUAUUGACGGAUAUCUGCAAAAUUCUGAUAAGUUUUCAGGUUUGAGUAUUAAGGAUGCACGUGAGGCGAUUACUAAAGAAUUAUUAUCACUAUCAUGUGCAGAAGAAAAAAAAUAUUAUCGGUUACGUGAUUGGGCAUUAUCUCGUCAGCGGUAUUGGGGAUGUCCUAUCCCUAUUAUUCAUUGUCCUUCAUGUUGUGAGGUACUGAUACCCGAAUCAGAUCUUCCCGUUGUUUUGCCAGAAAAUUUGAAUUUUGAAAGAAUCAGUAAUGCGCUUUCUGAACACCCAACAUGGAAAUAUGUUCCCUGUCCUCAAUGUGGGGAACCCUCUGUUCGUGAAACAGAUACAUUGGAUACAUUUGUAGAAUCAUCUUGGUAUUUUUUGCGUUUCUGUACUCCAAAUUCUAAUAAAAUUAUUGGUUCAGAACAAUUAUAUUGGAUGGGGAAGACCGGGGUUGAUUUUUAUGUUGGUGGUAUUGAGCAUGCAGUUAUGCAUUUAUUAUAUGCCAGAUUUUGG